AUGAGGAACAUGAAGGGCCCCUCGGCUAUGGGCCGCUGCGUCGGCCCUCAACUGUGCUACUGUCAGGGCCGGCUUGCAAACUGUGGGGAGCUCUGUAUUAGAGGAAUUGCGCGGCGGCCGAUCGGCGGAACUCGAUCAGCGGGAGAAAUCUGGGCGCUAAUGAACGCGCCGUUUGCGGGGGGCGCACCGGGCUCGGUAAUUCCGGCAAACAGGAGCGCGCAACCGGUCAUUGUGUUCGCAACCCUUCGCUGUUUGCGGGGCCCGGGGCGCGCCCCGCAUGAAUUAUUCAUGCGCCCGCGGCGGCUAAUUGUAAUGAAAUUUGCGCCCCCGCGCCCCGCGCACCCCUCGCGCCCCUCGCCCAGCGCCCGCGGUAGGCUUACAUGCACGCUU